AUGAGGAUGAAAAGGGAAGGCUUCCGACCAGUUGACGCAAUUCCCCUUUUGGUGAACCGCGAACGUCUCGGCAUCUCCUUUCUCGACCUCCCAACAGAGAUCCGUCUGAUGAUUUAUCGCUGCUGCCUCAUGGCACCCUUAAAGAUCAUAAAGCCCCCCUCCGAACUACAGCAUUACAACAAAGGCUGGGCGAUGCCAACUCUGGACAAGAGCGACAGAGAGAUCGACGCGACUGUCCAGAGACACAGAGCGAAUCAUCAGUCGUAUGUCUCACUUCACCAGUCGUACACUGGUCUUCGGGAUGCGGAUACCGGGGACCCCACGCUUGAAUUGUCUUUGCUGCGAUUGAGCAAGACAAUUCAUGAUGAGGCGGCGAGCGUACUUUAUGGGGAAAAUGAGUUUCAAUUUGUCCUUGCCAUUACCAGAAGGCACCCUCACGUGAGAGCUCCAAAAUUUUAUCAGCCACCGUUUCAUGAUUUUCGGGAUAAUUUGACGGUCGUGUCGGAAGGGUACGCGAAAAUGAUUAAGAAGUGUACCAUUGAGGUUCGGCUGCCUACCUUUCCAUGGACAGGGGCGAAACCAGUGUAUUUGGAGUACUACGCAAGGUUAGCGGCUUUCGCAACCGGCUUUGGAGGCGAUGAUCAUUCGUUGCAGAAUGUAGCGAUCCUUUUCAAUAGAUGCUUUAGAAAAGGACAUUAUUUCCCUUUGUCUUGUCUGCGAACAAGUCAGAAUGUGCUGGAAACACUGGCUGCGAUCCAUGGCGUUAGGCAUUCGGUGACCGUUGGAGGCGUGAUGCCUGCUUUCGAAGCGAAGCUGUCGUUGGCUAUGAUGAGUAGAGCGAUUGCUUACGUACCGAAAGAAGAGAAAUACGGGCAGCGGAUGGUGAUGUACAAGGGCAAGAGACGGCUGCAGAGAUACAAGCUCGGAAGGUAUUAUGAUUCGAACAACGUGUGGAGUCGAAGUGUACUUGGUCCAUAUCAACCACACUCUAAAGAGGCUUCGCCGGCGUAUGGAUGCUGUGAGGUGUGUGAUGAGAGGCCGCCUCUCACAUUUCCGCAUCUUUGGAGGCGGCCAUGA